UCAUUUCUCCGCCAUCUUGUGUCGCCUUUCUAUUGUUCAGAAUUGGGUCUGGUUGCUGGUACAGGUGGCGCCGGUUUAUAUUUACAAGCUUUUACUGCUUAUUUAGAGAAAACACAGUGGACGACAAGGAAACGCCGCGCAAGGAAAAUUAACCGAGAUCAUUACACAGUAGGACACCCACGGAUUUCUUUCUUGGUGUUUGAUCUCGCGCUCUAUCGGUAGCAUGAUGAUGAUGGACGACGAACAGCCGAAGACACUGUACGUGGGGAACCUCUCCCGGGAUGUGACUGAGGCCCUCAUUCUGCAGCUCUUCAGUCAGAUCGGCCCCUGCAAGAGCUGUAAAAUGAUCGUAGACACGGCCGGUAACGAUCCGUACUGCUUUGUGGAGUUCUACGAGCACAGGCACGCCGCAGCCGCGCUGGCCGCGAUGAACGGACGUAAAAUAAUGGGUAAGGAAGUUAAGGUCAACUGGGCCACGACCCCCAGCAGUCAGAAAAAGGACACCAGCAAUCACUUCCACGUGUUUGUGGGAGACCUGAGCCCUGAAAUCACCACAGAUGACAUCAAAGCGGCUUUCGCACCCUUUGGGAGGAUAUCCGAUGCGCGCGUUGUGAAGGACAUGGCGACCGGCAAGUCCAAAGGCUACGGCUUCGUCUCUUUCUUCAAUAAGUGGGAUGCGGAGAACGCCAUUCAGCAGAUGGGCGGGCAGUGGCUGGGCGGCAGGCAGAUCAGGACUAACUGGGCCACGAGAAAGCCCCCCGCGCCCAAAACCGCGUACGAGAGUAACACCAAGCACCUGUCCUUCGACGAGGUGGUGAACCAGUCGAGCCCCAGUAACUGUACAGUUUACUGUGGGGGAGUGACUACCGGCCUCACGGAACAACUGAUGAGACAGACCUUCUCUCCCUUUGGACAAAUCAUGGAGAUCCGAGUGUUCCCGGAUAAGGGAUAUUCCUUCGUGAGGUUCAACUCCCAUGAGGGUGCCGCCCAUGCCAUCGUUUCGGUCAACGGGACGUCAAUAGAAGGGCACGUGGUCAAGUGCUACUGGGGCAAGGAGACGCCCGACAUGAUGAACCCCAUGCAGCAGGUGCAGAUGCCCCAGCAGAACAAAGUUGGCUUUGCGGCCCAGCCUUACGGCGGCCAGUGGGGACAGUGGUACGGAAACGCUCAGCAGAUCGGCCAGUACGUGCCCAACGGCUGGCAGGUCCCCACGUACAGUGUUUACGGGCAGGCCUGGAACCAGCAGGGCUUCAAUCACUUGCAGGCCAGUGCAGGGUGGACGGGCCUCAGUGCUGUCUCUAAUGGCGGGGUUGUGGAACCUGCCCAGGGAGUCAAUGGCAGUGUGCUGGCUAACCAGCCCGGCAUGGGAACCACAGGAUACCCCACACACUGAUAGGCCCUCUGGCGCCCCCUUGGGUUCCUACAAGGGAUUGUACAUACUUUUCCAAGUGGAACAGACCUAAGGCCUUGUGGGCAUGCAGGGUGGGGUGGAUUCGACUUCUGAGCCCUUCGGUUUUUUUUUUUGGUUUUUUUUUUCACAUGUGCUUAGGGGGGCAGAAAAUCAGUUACCCCUCCCCCCCCCAUUCUGUUUCCCUGGAGACUUGGAGUUGCCUAGUCCGGGGGUUAGACACAACAAGGUCUUUGGCCCCCCAUCGUGCCAGUCAGACGGGACAGACACAGACGGUACACAAAGGACUAUGUCAUUUUUAAUUUACUAUAAAUAAAUACAGAAUGAGUUUGGGGGGGGUGGUUUGUUUUGUGUUGUUGGUUUGCUUACAGUGAUUUAAACUGCUGCAGUUUCAUGAGAAGGAUUUAUUUUUUCUUUUUGGAAAUGUCACUGAAUUCAUUGUAUUUUUUAGUACGUAUGCGAUUAGGAGAGGGAAUACCGUGAAUUAUGUGAAACGUUUCAGACCUUUCUGUUCAAAUCUCAACACUGAGGGAGAGGCAAAGUUAUAUCACAUGGAUGUCCGCUGGGUUUUUUUUUUCCUUUUCCAUUUGUAUCUCUAAAAGUAAAAUAAUUGCAGGGAAUACUGCCGUUCUUUUAUUUUUCUUUAAAGGCAGACAAAUAUUGCACAAUACUACUUUCACACAUUUGAUUUUCAUACUUUUUUUUUUUUUUUGCAUUCCACAUUUUUGCUUUUUCCUUUUUUUUUUCGGAGGGCUAUAAGUAUACUGUUUGAUAUGUAAAUAACCAAAACAUUAAGUCUGUUCAAAUGUUUUGAAGCUGUAUAAAAGAAAAAAAACAAACACGCAAAUGUUCACUAUGGAAGCUUGCUUGCUUUCUUUUCUUCUUUUUUUUUUUUUUGUUUUGUCAUUUAAAUAAAAAGAGAAUAACUGAAACCUUUGUCAUUAGCAACGCUGUUAAAUACUGGUUCCAUGCAGAAUUCGGGGCAGAGCAACAUUCGUGAUUCUUCCAGGGGACAAAAAAAAAUGGUUGCAUUGCUAUGCAGUGCAAAAUAUUUAGACUGAAAUAUAAUUUAGACUUUUAGAAGCAAUUCUGUGUAUAAAAGCAAAAUACUGACUUUUUUUGGUGUUUUUUAUGAAGUAGUAGUUACUAGUAUUUUUCUAAAAUACCUGAACGGAUCAGAAUUUUGCACUGUCGUCCCGGAGUGGUAUUUUAACGACGGACAUGGAUAAGGCCCCAUUACGUUGCUUCCUUUUGAGUUUGUUUCAUUUUAACCAACCAACAGCUAUCACUGAGCGUAGGCGGUGCCUAUGAACAUUUUCAGACCUUGUGUUUUGAGAAAAAGAGGUGUUAUCUUUUGGGGUUUUGAUAAUGUUUAUGCUAUUAUAACCAACGUGUUCCUGCUUUGUCUGAUUAAAAUGCUCAUGCAUACAAACAUA